AGGAGUGGUUUUGUCUCAGCGAAGAGCCUCAAAAGACAGAAAGAGAAGGAGAAGAAGUUAAAGAUGGAUUCAAAGACGAAGCAGAUGAUCUUAUCAGCACUCUGUAAACAUUUCUCAGUGGACUCUGCACCUUUUGUGGGAGGGGCUGGUGAGAGUGAUGUCAAGACGCUGUAUGCUAAUGUUUUGAAGGCAUCUGGAAAGGAAGUGUCUGCACAAAACAACGAGGAGGUUUUGAAGUUGCUGGAGUAUGCGGAAGGUCUCCCAGCGAGUUCAAAAGAUUGCUUUACAGCUCUUGAAAAGUUGAAUGCAGAGUUAGCUGUGAAGUCAGUGGUCUUGGCAAAUGGAUUGACGCCAUCGGCAGCUGAUGUUGUUGUGUUUGCAGCUCUGCAUUCUUCAGUGCUUGCCCUCUCAGAUUCAGACAAGGCGAAAAUACCACAUGUUUUAAGAUGGAUGAACUACAUCCAGAUUAGAGAAGGGUUGUCAACAUUGUUUGGACCAAUUUCUGUGAAGUUACCACAGUUUGACUUCGAGGUAUCGAAAACUGUCGCCAAGUUGGAUGCAAAUGCUAAUACAAAGAAAGCUGCAGAAAGUGCAAAGCCUGUGGAGAAGUCAGAAGCGCAGCCAAGCACAAAGAAAACUGACGCUGAGGAGCCAAAGAAGAAGGCUACCAAAGAGAAGGAAGCCAAAAAGGAGAAGAAGAAACCUGCUGAAGCAGAACCAGCUAACAAGGAGGUUGAGCUUAGUGUCAGUUUGCUAAAUAUUCAGGUCGGUCUAAUUCGAAAAGCGUGGAAACAUCCGUCUGCAGACAGUUUGCUGGUGGAAGAAAUAGAUGUUGGAGAGGGUAAAGUGAGGCAAGUCGUUAGUGGCUUAGCUAAAUUCUGCAGUCCUGAGGAUCUAACGAACCGGCUUGUUGCACUUAUCACAAAUGUGAAACCUGGAAAGCUACGAGAUGUAAUGUCAGAAGGACUGGUUCUUUGUGCUUCAAAUGAAGAUCACUCGGUGGUGGAACCAUUGCUACCACCUACUGGAGCUAAACCAGGAGAGCGUGUUUCAUUUUCAGGGGUUGAAGGGAAGGCAGAAGAUGUACUGAACCCAAAAAAGAAGCAACUUGAGAAGAUAACACCGCAUCUGUACACUGAUGAAAGUGGAGUAGCUACAUACAAAGGGAUACCAUUCAUGACCUCAGCUGGACCUUGCACUUCCAACAUCCCCAAAGCCACCAUCAAGUAGACUCUUCUUUGAUAAUUCACACACUCUGUUGUUAAAAAGAGUGCACCCUUUGGUCACAAUUUGAAUUAGUAUUUACAACCUUGUUCUUAUCAAACCGUUCUUGUGACUCUUCUAUGAGCUUUUUGACAAACAAUGUUUCAGUUUCCUC